UUAUUUUUAAGCCAAAAUGUCUCAAAUUCCACUGGAACAAAAUAAUGCUUUCAUCUUUAAUGGGAAAGAACAUAAGGUUCCAUUCCCCACCAUUAAUUUUAAUGAUAAACAACGAGGAAUGAGUUUUCAUACUCCUCUUCUCAAGGAUCACUGGGACGAACGAACAGACCCAACUGGAUCAAAAAUUGAUACUAUAGUUUUACAUUGGGAUGUUGCUAAUUCUUCUAAAGGUUGUUUUGACAUAUUAGUUAAACGAGGUCUAUCAGUUCAUUUGAUGAUUGAUCGUGAUGGAACAGUUUAUCAAUCUCUCGAUUUUACUAAAAGAGCAUGGCAAGCAAAAGGAGUUAAUGAUCAUUCAAUUGGAAUAGAAAUUAAUAAUCAAUUUUAUAUUAAUCAACAAGAUCCAAAGUGGCCUCGUAAAGAAGUUUAUUCAAGAGACCCAAGAUCAGGUGUACCUUAUAAACAUCUUGAUUUUACAGAACUACAAAAAACUAGAGUUGUUCAAGUUGUUGAAGCUUUAUGUAAAGUUGUACCAACAAUUCCAAGAAUAUUACCUCCCAAAGGAAAAGAUGGAAAAAUUAUUACUAGAUUAUUAAAUGAAAAUGAAAUAAAAGGUGUUGUAGGUCAUUUCCAUACUUCUGUGGAAAAAAUUGAUCCUGGAGACACUUUAUGGCCUCUUUUAUAUAAUUCUUUCUCUAAACCUUCUCCAAAGUUAUAAUUUUUAAAAAAAUAAUUUUUCUUCUUAAAUAUUAUUUAUUUACUUUAUUUAUUAAAUUAUAUUAUUAAAUUAUUUGUCUAUUCAUAUUUUUUCAACAAUUUGUUCGUUUUAGUAUAUAACGCAUUAUGAUGGCAAGUAAUAUGACCAAUCCAAGUAAGGACGCAUUAAAAAUGUUUCCAAAAACUAUGAUAAUUAUGAAAAAUGAAAUUAUUAACAUCAUAUUAUAUUUAAAUAAAGCGGUAAUUUUUUUAUACUU